AUGCACCCCGUCUUCCAUGUAUCAUUGCUAGACCCCGCUGCAAACGAUCCCGUACCGGGGCAAAUUCAACCACCACCCCCACCUGUUAUCGUCGAGCAGGAAGAGGAGUAUGCAGUUGAGGAAAUCUUCGACUCGCGAGAAACACGGAAUGGUGGCCUGCAAUAUUUUGUUAAGUGGACAGUCUAUACCGACCCUACCUGGGAACACGCUGCAGACCACGACAAUACCGCCGCCGUCGAUAUCUUCCAUACACAUUACCCCAAUAAACCUGGACCGUUGGAAGGCAAGAUUAAGGUUAAGGCUCGCAGGAGCUCGCGCUUGAAGGGAGGGGCUACUUUCAUGGAUCGAUUAGGGGAGGUACGGGGUUACGAAGAGUUGGAUUAG